AUGGACCAGAAAACAGUGCCCAUCAUAGGCUGCUCCUCUGGGAUAGGCUUAGCGCUGGCAGUCAGGAUCACCUAGGAUGAGAAAAAGAGGUUUAAAGUUUACGCCAUGAGAAACCCAAGUAAAAGCAAAAAGCUGGUAGAAGCAGCCGGAAGAACCCUGGGCAGAACGCUGGAGAUCAAGCAGCUGGAUGUGUGCGAUGAGACGUCCAUAAAGGCAUGCAUGGACAGCAUUCCUAACGUCAGCAAUACAGGAAUGGGGCUCAUUGGACCAAUUGAGUGUCAGUUCCUGGAGGAGAUGAAGGCAGUGAUGGACACAAACUUCUUUGGACUGGUCAGGCUCCUCAAAGAGAUCCUGCCUGACUUGAAGAGGAGGAAGAGGGGCCACACCAUUGUGAUCAGCAGUGUAAUGGAUAUUCAAGGGAUCUUGUUCAGUGAUAUCUAUGCUGCAUCUAAAUUUGCAAUGGAGGGGUUCUGUGAGAGUCUACUAAUCUCUAGGUCUAGGUUUAAUCUCAACCUUACCCUGAUUGAGCCUUGCCCUGUGGUCACUGAGUUAGAAUGGAAGGUUUAUGAAGAAGGCCUCAAGACGGACCUUUCUACAGCAGAUACAGAGACUGCCAGCAUGUUCACCAAUAUUUACCUGAAGAAUUGCAACCAGAUCUUUCAGAGCCUUGGACAAACCCUAGAGGACAUAGCAGAGCACACGCACAAGAUAAUCACCACAGACAACCCGCCAUUCCGUCACCAGACCAACAAGCUGUACACCCCCAUGACCACCCUUAAGUAUGCAGAUCCCUACGGAGACCUGCCCAUCGACACCUUCUACAAAAUAGUGUUCGAACACGACAAAAUCUUCAACGCCAGCCUCAACUUCAUCAAAAUACUGUGCUUGGGGAGCCGCAAGAGCUUCAACCUGGGGAAGCCUCAGCCGUGA